AUGGGAAAGCCGGAGUACGAAGGGAAGGCAGGCCGCGGAUACCCAACAAUCCGAACGGCCAUACAAGCGCCACCAGCCCAAGUCGUACCACAACAACCGGCACUCUAUCCCCCGCAGGCUACACAAGCCCAAAUUGAGGCAACAUACGCCGCCAUCGCGGCCUUGAACUUAUCCUCCCCACAACGUGGGUUUACACCGCCUAACGGCGGUAGUGGCGGCUAUGGCCAGGCCCGAAACCAGGGCAACUAUGGCUACAGCCAGGGCAACAGCGGCGGAGGACCAGAAGGCAAGUUCUCCAAGGGCCAAAACGCCAGCUUUAGCGGAAACCAAAGCGGCAACAACCCUGGAGGACAAAACCGAAGCCCGGGAGGCCAGAGUGGCCAACGCCAGACUCUGAGCCCCGAAGAGGCCCGCAGACAAGAGGACAUGUACAUCGACCGAGUCGAGCGCAUGUUCGAGCGAUGGGCCAAAGACGGGAUUAUCACCUGUAACCACUGCCUGUGGGGAAACCACGCAACUGACGGCUGUGGCUACGCAAACAGGCCAUAUGGCGAAAAUCCAAACCGAAAAUGGUAUUUGGAUUGGCGAAAUCGCUAUCAAAAAGGCUACCCUACCGGGUCAGGCAACCCUAACCGCUUCGGCUUAGUGCCACCCAAACAACCCAGACCACCACGUGGUAGUGGGGGGAGUGGCAGCCGAAGGCAGUCCACCGGCUCAGGAAGCGGGUCUGGUGGCGGCAACCGGCAGAAUGGUCCAAAACAAGGAUACCAGACGCCAGCCAACGAAAGGGCAGCGUUACCACCCAUACCGGACCAGCUGGUGAAGCCAAAUGGCAACAGCGGCGGCGGCCCUAGCCGGGCCAGCCCAACCGCGGGAAACGCCUAA